GUGAUUUUGAAUAUAUCAGUACGACAUUCUCUCUCCCUUCCAGUCGAGGAAAAAAACCCUAACCUUCCUCCUCUGACCUCUCCCUCUGGUUCCCGGUUCUCAUACUUCGACUUUUGCUCGUGCCCUGCUUUUUCGUUUUUGCUGAGGCUGCCUUUUUGGUUCAAACCCGGAGAAACGAAAAUGUCUAGCGCUCUGGAUAUGUCCCUCGACGACAUCAUCAAGAACAAUAAGAAGCCCGGAUCUGGCAACUCUCGCGGCCGUGGACGAGGUUCUGGACCGGGCCCUGCUCGCCGGAUCCCCAAUCGGGGAUUCAAUCGGCCGGCUCCCUAUGCAGCUCCUAUGGCUACGGAAACAGCGUGGCAGCACGACAUGUUCGCGGGUGCAGCUAUGGCUUUCCCAGCACAACCCGCUCAGACCUCCGCUAUUGAGACGGGAACUAAGCUCUACAUCUCGAAUCUUGAUUACGGCGUCUCGAAUGAAGACGUAAAGGAACUGUUUUCUGAAGUUGGUGAUUUGAAACGGUAUGCAAUCCAUUAUGAUAGAAGCGGGAGAUCAAAGGGAACGGCAGAAGUUGUCUUCUCCAGGAGGGCCGAUGCACUUGCAGCCGUGAAGAGAUACAACAAUGUUCAGUUGGAUGGGAAACCGAUGAAGAUAGAGAUUGUGGGAACAAAUGUUGUCACCCCUGCUGUGCCUCCCGUUAUUACUGGAAAUUUCGGGAACCCAAUUGCACCGGUUGUACUUGGCAGAGGAGGUCAAGGCAGGGGCGGUGCUUUCGCUCGGCCACGUGGUGGCCGUGGUGGUGGUCGUGGAUUCGGAAGGGGUCGUGGGCGGAGAACUGGGGGCCGUGGCGGUGAAAAGAUAUCCGCUGAUGAUCUGGAUGCCGAGUUGGAGAAAUAUCAUUCAGAAGCAAUGCAAGAGAGUUAAGGGCUUUUCCUUUUACUUGUUAUUGUUGGGGGUGAUCUUAUGGAGCAAUGCUCUUAGAUAUUUGACAAAGUUCUGUAGUGAAUUGUCAUUGAUGUUAGUAAGAGUCUUUGCUCUGGAGUGUGGGAUUUUAAUUAUCAGUUGUUCAUUGACUUGGUUAUGGGAAUGUGUGGGUAGUGUGGACAACUUUCAGUGUGUAAUGGUACUUGUGAUUGUAGUUUGGUCAGCUUCUUGAAUAGUUCCGUGCUUAAAGCCGCGGCAAUAGGAAGUGGACCCUUUCUCGGUUUACUUCAUCCAUACACCAAAGAACUGCUGUCUGCAAGCCCAGAGAGCUUCAUUACAGUCUUUGGAGGGUUGCCACCUCCAUCGUAGAGACCGCAAUUGAGGUAGAUUUGAAUUCAUACUUUAAUUUUUUGGGCAACUUCUAGAGCUGUUAUUACUUGUUUGUCUUGCUAUGGUUUGAACCUAUAGAAUCUACAACUGCUCCCUUAUCUGGAAUCUGCACAUAUAUGUAUAAAUGAAGUGAUGUUGAACGUACAGGUGAAGAUGAAACUGGGUACAUUGGGUUCCUGUGUAGGAAUCCUGUCGGUGGUUGCUUUUCAACGACGCUUUAUGUUUGAGAGGAUUUUGCUGCCACUCUGGUCUGCUUACGGUUGUUGGCCAUGUAGUCUUGUUGUUUCUAACCAAUAUAGUUUUGUGGUGGCUGGUGCAUGUGUAUGAUGCAUAUUCACAAGCAAAAGUAGAGAUCAUCCAUGUUCUAAUGGCGGAAUCUUUUGUAAAGAGUUGUUGCUGAGUUGGUGCUCCUUUGGGUGGCUGCUUUUUAGUCCUCAGAGUCGAGUUCAUAUUUUUCCAGAGUAUCCAUUGAUGCCAUGGAGAUAUGAUUUGAGAGGUUAUUAUUCUUUGGUUAGCAAUGCGGUGGGAGGACCUGUUAUCAGUUGAUUUGCAGCAAUGUUGUGAUUCAUCAGGUCGCCUUGUUCUUAAAAGACUUAACCUGGAUAUAGUGUGUUGUGGAUGAAGUAAGAUGAACCUUGGUCGAUGUAGGUACAGGUUUUUGACGCGAAGAUGAUGACUGUCGGUUCUGUGUUACCAUUCUCUAAGCAGAAAGCUUGUCAACGAAAAAGAUAAGUGUCGUAUCCUUCUCUUGAUGUGUACAUGUGUAUGGAAAUUGUUAGUUGGAUGAAACCCUAUCUUAUGGAUAACGGUAUACUGUAAUUUUCAAGAUACUGGGUAUCAGCCUAUGUUACAAGAGUUUGGACGGGAGCGCCUCUAUGGAUGGGGGACUGUAGGGUGGAUUUUUAUUGAUCCUCAAACCUGGGCUGUGUAAGACUGUAAGUGAUGUCUGUUAGACUGUUACUAAUGAAAUACAAAACGA